UCUGCGCACGCGCGGGAGCCAUAUUCGCCGCGGAUGCUUGGCUCUCGGGCUUGGUGCUUCUCCAGCUGAGUACAGCGGCGCUGAUCUGCACCCCUCACUGUCUCCCUCCGGAGUUACAUAAAGUUCAGAAGACAUGUCUCGAAGAUAUGACUCCAGGACCACCAUAUUUUCUCCAGAAGGUCGUUUGUACCAAGUGGAGUAUGCCAUGGAAGCUAUUGGACACGCGGGCACCUGCUUGGGAAUUUUAGCCAAUGAUGGAGUUCUCCUUGCCGCAGAGAGGCGCAACAUCCACAAGCUUCUUGACGAAGUCUUUUUUUCUGAAAAAAUUUAUAAACUUAAUGAGGACAUGGCUUGCAGUGUGGCAGGCAUCACAUCUGAUGCUAACGUGCUGACUAAUGAACUAAGGCUCAUUGCUCAAAGGUAUUUAUUGCAGUACCAGGAGCCAAUUCCAUGUGAGCAGUUGGUUACAGCACUGUGCGAUAUCAAGCAGGCUUACACACAGUUUGGAGGAAAGCGUCCCUUUGGUGUUUCUUUGCUGUACAUUGGCUGGGAUAAGCACUACGGCUUUCAGCUCUAUCAGAGUGACCCAAGUGGAAAUUAUGGGGGGUGGAAAGCCACGUGUAUUGGAAACAACAGUGCUGCAGCUGUGUCGAUGUUGAAACAAGACUACAAAGAAGGAGAAAUGACUCUGAAGUCGGCACUUGCUCUCGCUAUCAAGGUGCUAAAUAAGACGAUGGAUGUCAGUAAAUUGUCAGCUGAGAAAGUGGAAAUCGCCACACUAACAAGAGAGAAUGGGAAGACCGUGAUCAGAGUCCUCAAGCAGAAGGAAGUGGAACAGUUGAUCAAAAAACAUGAGGAGGAAGAAGCUAAAGCUGAGCGGGAGAAGAAGGAAAAAGAACAGAAAGAAAAGGAUAAAUAGACAAAAUCCGCGGCUUUUAACGCUCCUUGGAGGCACAAUUCAGUGAGAAGCUGUCCUGGCCUUCCACCCCGGAAAGGGUCUUUGUUGGUUUUUCUUCUUUAACUUGCCCAUCGGGGAAAUAGGACAUACUGAAUUGGGUCCUUCUCGUGUCUGUCCAGUUGGAUGCUUUAUUGUAAUGAUGGACAUCUUUAUAGACAUCUUAAUCUCAACACAUAAUUUUUUGGAAUAAAACUUGGAAAGAUUGGUUAUGGUGAA